CCCUGUUUCUAUUAUACUCCGAGCUCUGGUUAAGAAGACAGAAUUUGAAAUCUUCGAUGAUAUUCGACGCGGUUGUGGGGAAUCUUUUUCGCUUGAAGAGUAUGUUUAUAAAUUAAUUUCCUAAUUCAAGUAUUAAUCUUUCACCACCGUAUUGUUCAUAUCAUGAUUGGUCUACAGCUGAUUGUUACUUACUUUUGCUUAAGUAUAAAGCUUACUAGCUAUUCUGUUCAGAAUAGUUAAACGGUUUACACUUUCUGCUUAUCUAUACACGUAACUUACCUGUUUAUGAUAUUACGUGGUCAUUCUGUUCCGAAACGCGACCAACGCAUACUGUUUGGUUACAGAUUAGUAGGGGAACGAUAUACAUAUUUUCAAGUUUCUAUAUUUCCCUUGACAUCAUUUAUGAAGAUAUCAAGUGCUUGAGAUAUUAACUGUAUAUGUUACAGUAUUCAGGAUUUUUAACUGAUCUCACGUCAUAUAGAAAAACUUAAACAAUGGAAAGUAGGGUUAACCUAACUUUGAUUUUCAGAUAAGUAAUGAGAACACCUACAUCAGUACCUUUUUAGUUACUGACACUUGAUACAGGUUAAUGUCAUUAAUAUUGAGGAGAAAAUGAGUCGUUUACUAUAAGUUAGUUGUCAAUUUAAUCCUUUUUUAAAUCUUUGUUGGACAGUACGAACAUAUGAAGAUGAAGCUUUAUUUAUCUGUCGGUUAGAUCAUAAAGUUCGGAUGUAUCUGAAAUAAAUCUUUAAUCGUCUCUAACUAGUUAUUUGACUUAUCAAUUUGAGUCUGUACAUACAAUAUUUCGUUUCUGUUUUUAAAAAUUUCACACUAGGAAUGCAAUGCGGAUUCUUAUACGUUUAAAAGAUGACGAGUACAGUUCACAGACUCGUGCUUUGUGCUAUUUAGGAGGAUUAUUCCGCAAGCGAAUGAAUGUUCCCGACCGAUUGUCAGAUGAAGAAGCUGGAAAAUUUCUACUCAGUGAAUAUAUUGCAAUCCACUUGUCAUCAUUCUUGGAUAAGUAUCAUUUACUCUGUUUCAUGAUUAAAAAGUUACAUGCAUUUGUCUCUGGUUUAUGUUGUGAGGAAAGCAAUGACAAUCCAAUGUUUCAAGAAGUUUUAUUACCUUCUACUUUAUAUCUCCAAGUAUUACGUGCGAAAGUAAUUCAUUUACUUGCAAACGUCAAAGAACAGGUCCUAUUAAAAAGUCGCAAACAGAACGUUCGUAUAUCCCUGUCCUUAUUUCAUCAGGCUCUCUUAUCUCGCGCUUCUGAAGUCAGUACAGCAAUGGUAUAUAUGGUAUCUACUGGGAAUCUUCCUCCCUCAUGUAAAUCGACUCUUUCCGCUCAGCUUAGCGGGCAAUCAACUGGUUUAAGUGUUCCGGCGGAUAAUGUUAAUUUUCUACGUUUUGCUGCACAAUUUCGAGCUGUUCACAGAGGGGCAUUCUUCACAGAAAUGCGAACUACUUCAGUUCGUCGUUUAUUACCGGAAGCAUGGGGUUUCUUCUGUCCUGUACACACUCCUGAUGGUGCACCUUGUGGUCUUUUAAAUCACUUAGCAGAACCUGUAGAGGCUGUAUGUGAAACUCCAAAACAGUCAGUGCUUGAAAAUAUCGGAAAUUGGCUAUCUACACACAAAUUAAGACCGAUUGAAUUAUCCAGACAGUUGUUUGGUGUUGCCGAACAACAAAAUGCCUUACCAGUUUUGUUAGAUGGUCGUCUUAUCGGUUGGUUGUCAACGUCAGAUGAAGCGAAACGUUUAGCAUUAGAACUACGCAAUGCAAAAGUUGAUCCUAACUGCAAAAAUAUCCCUCAUACAAUGGAAAUAGCGUUAGUUCCUUCAACUGAUGUCGGUUCACAAUAUCCUGGUCUAUAUCUUUUUGCUGGUGGAUCACGUCUCUUAAGACCAGUUAAAAAUUUACAAUGUCCAAAAGAUUCAACUGGUAAAGAUGUUAUUGAAUGGAUUGGAACAUUUGAACAAGUUUAUUUAAAUAUAUCUGUGAAAGAGGAGGAAUUAAGUGAACGUUCACCUAUUGAUAGAUCACAUAUUGAAAUAGCUCCUGAAAAUAUUUUCAGUUUUGUUGCUGGUUUAAUCCCAUAUCCGGAUUUUAAUCAGUCUCCACGUAAUAUGUAUCAAUGCCAAAUGGCUAAACAGACUAUGGGUCAUUCUUGUUAUACAUGGCGUAAUCGAUCAGACGCGAAAGCUUAUCGUUUAUUUACACCUCAAAGUCCUCUUGUUCGAACUAAAAUGUAUGUUAAAUAUGAUGUUGAUCAUUAUCCUCUAGGAUUUAAUGCAAUUGUUGCAGUGAUGUCAUACACGGGUUAUGAUAUGGAAGAUGCUAUGGUGAUUAAUAAAGCAUCAUAUGAUCGUGGGCUGGCUGGAGCUUGUAUCUAUAAAUCAGAAGUUAUUGAUCUAUCUUCACUUUCCAAGUCAACAUCUUCAAAUAAUCCAUUUCAGAAGAAAAGACUCAUCACAUCUGAAUACUAUUUCGGUUUUGCAGGUGAAAAACCUGAUAGAGGUUUAGAUUUAGACGGUUUUCCACCCGUUGGUGCCCGUUUAGAACCAGGAGUCAGUUGGUUAUAUGCCUAUACACAUGGUGAAACACUGCAAACUAAUUUUGUCAAAUACGAAGGUGGUGAACAAAUAGCUUAUGUUGAUUCAAUAUCACUCAAUGGAUCGUGGAGUUGUGCUACCAUCACACUUCGUUUGCCUAGACAACCAGAUAUUGGAGACAAGUAUAGCAGUCGUCAUGGUCAAAAAGGUAUUAAUAGUCUGUUAAUUCAGUGUGAAGAAAUGCCUUGGUCUACUACAAAUGGUCUUAUUCCUGAUCUAAUAUUUAAUCCUCAUGGUUUUCCUACUCGAAUGACAAUGGGUAUGAUGAUUGAGUUUUUAGCUGGGAAAUCUGCUGCAUUAACAGGUAAUCGAGUUGAUGCAACUCCAUUUCAAUGGUCAGAAGAUUCACCACCUUAUGAAGACUAUUGUCAGAUAUUAACGGAUUGUGGUUUCAAUCAUUGGGGCACAGAGACAAUGAUGUCUGGAUCAACUGGACGUCAACUGGAAGCUCAAAUAUACGUCGGAGUUGUUUAUUAUCAACGUUUGAGACAUAUGGUAGCAGAUAAAUAUCAAGUUCGUGCUGAAGGUCGGUUCGAUCCAAUACUUCGACAACCAAUUAAAGGUCGUAAAGUUGGAGGUGGUAUUCGUCUUGGUGAAAUGGAACGUGAUUGUUUGUUAUCACAUGGUCUAGUUUUCAGUUUACAAGAUCGUUUGGUUGAUUCCAACUGUGAUAAAGUUAAGGUAGAUAUUUUUCUAAGCUAUAAUAGUUAUAGCACAGUAGUUAUCAGGUUUUUCCCAUGUUUUUUUCUGUAUCUGAAUUUUUUAUUUUCAUGGGAUUUUUGUUUAGCUUUAAAUAUAUUGCUGUGGUUAGUUUGUCUGUGUUGUUCUUUAACAGUUUACUAAAUGUAAUGUUCAAUUCUAUCUCUCGUUGAUAGGUAUUUUAAACGAAACCCUUAACUGUCGAAAACAGUUGUGGUGUUUCUAGUUUCAAAACAAAUAAAUUGUGUUCUUAAAACUUUAAUCUGUUUGUAAAAUAUAAAUUAAUAAAAUUAGUCCAAAAAGAUAAGCCAAUGCAGACUAUUAAAAAAAGGAAGUGGUAAAAGUUUUACAUACCAAGCACUAAUUAAACGGCUCCACAAUCAAAUUGAUGGAAACUAAAUCAUGUUAGUGAAAAAUUCGCAGUUGUGUAAUCAUUAAGUUAAAAACGCAGCUACUCAGAAUAAAGCAUUUCAACUAAAAUAUUAUUCAUUAAUCUGGUCUUAUCGAUCAUGAUUAAUAAGUGGUUUUGAGGAAAUUUCUGCUACUACUCAUGAGAAGAAAUGUCCUUCCAUAGUGUGAGCAGCCAAGAAUUGACAGUCACUAUCAUAUCUCUAUCAGCAUUUAAGAUCCUCUCGUUCAAAUUCAUAUCCGUUCCUCACUUCUUGGUAUUUCUUCUGUCCCCACCACCGACCCUUCUAUGACUUUAUCCCUAUGCACCAUCAAUAUUGAUCAUUCGAGUCCACGAGGUGUUAUACCUUGUUUCUUGAUAUUGUGCUCUGAGCUUCACUUUGUGUCAUAUAACUUUAGAACCUUAUGUCAAAUAGGCUGACAGACUUUCUUGACUAGGGCUCUAGAAUCCUGCACCGUCGAUAUAUGUUGAGUCUCGGAAACAUGAAUACAAGAUCCCAAGUAUGGUCACUCACAUUAUUUCACCUAGUCAACUCAGAGGACUAGCGUGAUUUACCAUUCUUGUAUCUGGGGACUUAACUUCUACCAAGUUUAAACUAGAACUGGCUUUCCUAGCCUGGAGUCUAAUAGACUUUUAUUUGUAUGCUCUCUGACUAGAGUGGAAGCAAAAUCACAAAAGGAUGGGACUCACCUUUGUCCAUCCGUCGUAUCUGCCUACGCUCUCACUGACUGCAGUUCAAAUUGAAGGAUGAACUUUACAGAAAUAUUUCUGUUCUCCUACUAAUAGCCAAAUGCUCGGACUUAGUAAUCAUAGCGAGUUACCUUAACACUCCAGUAGAUAGCUUGAACCUUCUGUAAUGACCACAGAAAAUUCAGUUUAACUAGCAUAGUGUCUAAACUAUUAGUUAUCCCUCACUUAACGAGGGCUCGUGAAGAUCGAGCUCGUAAACGUCAGAGUGGUUUCAUACGUGGACGUGUAGAUCGAUUAUUCGUACUCCCCCAAAGCCUGGAGCACAGACAUACCUACCAACUCCCAGUCAUAGUUGUAUUUUUCAAUUUUGACUCAAUAUUUGAUUCUAUAGAUUAACAAGUUUUGUUUAGAAGUUCUUUUCGUUAUGGAUAAUAAACGUGGCUUUUACAAUUACAGGAUUCAAUCAUAGGUGUCUUCGAAACAUCACUCGCGUAUUUCUGGACCAUUGAGUUAACGAUUCUGAGGUUAGUCUCAGAAUGCUAAUCAAUAAUCGCAAGUCGAUUGACGUGGUAGCCAGUCUUUAUCAAUAAAUAUGGUGUGGACGUGUAUCGUGUAUGUUCAUCCACUAACUACCUCGAAUAGCGUUAAUAACUGAUGUAGGAGUAGUCCAGAAGGAAGCUAUAAGGGGCCAAACUAAGACUUUUCACCAGUUUAUAAAGACACCGACUAUUGAACUGAGCCACGUGGGUUGAUGUAGACCAUCUGAUUGGGAUCCGUGUGAUUAUCGUAAGCGAUGAUUAAAGACUUUGAAUGACAUGACUCAAAAUUGCUCACAAUGGCGCAGGAGCGUCCACCUUUUGUCUUUAUUCUUGAUGUCCUAAGGUCAAACUUUUGCAAUGAGUAAUACUUAUAAUUUUCUUCAUCGUAGAAAAUGUGUUAUACUUAUAUCAAUCAUGUAUAACAACAGAAUGUAAGUGAUAAAUUUGAUAAUAAUUUCUGUAUAUAACCACACGACUUGUACUUUGAUAAAUCUCACCAUACCCCAUGCUAGUUUGGAUCCUUUUCUAAUUCUAAACAUCUUGGGGCUUCUUCAAUCGUAUUAACGUGACAAUCAACACUACGUGUUAAUCAGGAAGGUGUCAACUAGACACUUGUAGAACUCAUCAGCCAAUAUUAGUCUUCACUAACAUGUAGCACAUAUUCAUGAAAUUAUGUCAACGUUUGUUUACUACCUUGUUUGUUAAUUUGUAGAUUUAAAUGCUUUUUGUAUGAAUUUCUCUUCUAAAGAUGCUUGCCUGCUCCAAAUGUGGUGGUUUAACGCAUUCUGAUUUGGCACGAAAUAUCACUAACACCAGUGUAAAUCAAAUGACCUCAAACGAUUCGUCUUCAUUUGUUCCAGGUACAAACCGGUGGUGUUGUCGUUUAUGUGAUUCUGAUAGUAGUGGCUGUGUGUCUAGAGACAAAGAUAACUCUCUUAAAUAUGUUCAAGUUUCAGCUGCAUUUAGAUAUCUAACGUACGAAUUAGCUUGUUUGAAUGUAAAAACUCGAUUAUCAUUGACUGACUUGGAGUAAUUUGUGAAUAAUAAUUAUUUUUUUAUUGAUA